CUCAACUUCAGUCAGCAGCCUCCAUCUUUGUCUCACUUCAGUCUGAACCAACCUGGCAACUAGCCCUGGAGUGGUUCUGUGCUAUCCUGACGGAAGUUAAGGAAAAGUUGGCCACCAUGGGUACAUGGGGCGGCAACGAUGUGGCCCUCGUUGAAAGAUGUCUGCAUAAUUUGAGAUCAUCGAUAUCCAACUCCUUGGUUCAUAUUUUUGAAAACUCUGAAUGGAAGAAGCUAAAACAUAUGCUAGAAGAUAUGUUUUCAGCAUCCCCAAGAGGUAUGUACGGUUUGAUUAACAUUUGUAAAUAGUAGUUUUGUUAUUCUAGUCACAUCUGAAGAAUAACCGUUGUUUGAGCUUUAUGGUUAUGAUUUUAUUUUGUUAAAUUAUGCUUAAGCUGAUAUGACGGAGAGUUAAACUCAUUUUUUGUUUAAAAAGCGUGCUGCACAUAAUUAUUUUGAAUAAAUUUUUCUCUUAUAAGUUUAAUACAUUCAAAUUUGAAAAUAUUUGAUUCUUACUAUGCACACUGCUGAAACAGUUCCUAAAGCAAAUGACAACCACUUAAAUAGUAGAGCAACAUUUCCACUUACCUUGAAUUAGAUGAAAAAGUACACCAUAUAUCUGUCCGUGAUUUAGGAAAUUGUUGAUUGAAUUUUUAAAAAUUUCCAGCCUUGUCGCUGCUAAGUGAACAACCGUGGGACCUCAGCUUCAACCCACAAGCCUGUCAAAGGGCUGCCUUCCUUCUGUCUGACGCACAUGUCAUCUUGGAUCCACCAGCUCUCAGUAAAGUACAGCAUGCCGUUCAGAGGUGAGACAUUGUCUUGUAAAUCUUAGAUCCAUUUUUUUUUUUCUUUCUCAAAGAGAUCUACUAAAUUUAAAAUUUAAGCAAAUUAGAUCAAUCCCUAAGCCAAGCCGACAUGUCAGUCAUGUUGAUUACAAAUCAUUGAUAUGUGUUAUCUUUGUGUCUUAGGCUCCACAUGGUACAGCUGUGUCUUAACGUGGCCUUGAACCUGAAAGAAAAGACACACACGUUGGAAAAGGUCAAUCCCAAAAGUAAGUCUUUCUCAUUAAGUUUUAUUAGUUUACUCUUGACCAUCUUCCUGGUGUGAAAUCUUCCAAAGUGACCAUCUUCCUGGUUUGAAAUCUUCCAAAGUGAGAUGAAAUUGUUAAGAUUUUAUUAUUUAUAAAAAGAAACAUAAGCGCUCUUGUAAAAAAGUGAGGCUAAACAAAAAUGGCUGCUUCCUGAUCUUUCAUCUUAUUUCAACUACAAAAUUCCAAGUUGAUAAAUUUUUUAUAUGUGCCUAACUAUUUAACUUAACCCUGUCUGAAAUAUCAAAGAAGAAUUUUGCAACAGUAAUUAAAUUGUAUUUGAAUAUAAGGCCUCAUGAGUUAAAAAAUAUAAAAGUUCCAACCUAUUUAUUCAGGCUGCUGUAAUAUUUAGCUUUUAUUUUAAAAUCUGGUUGGUUGCUGCACUCCUCUGCUUUUAGUGACAAAUGUUUCAUUACAGAGGGUUAACUAUUCUCUCCAAAAUAACUUGCUUUAUUUGGCAAACUAGGUCAUCCUUACUGGUCAUUUAUCUAUAACUUUGAAAGAACCCAGCUCCCCAAGAUUUACUGCAACCCACUACGUCUUUCUUGGUUGAGAGACAGACCUAAUUACCAUUGAAGAUCAGAACCAACGAUUUAACUUUUCUCAUUUGGCAUCAUCAAAAAAGUUACUCUCAAUAGAGCCAGUUGACAACAAAAAAAAUCUUUCUAAAGACUGGACAUGUAACUCUCUGAAUGGUCAUUCUUUCCCAAAUUUUACAAGAGAUGCUAAAAAUCUAAUAACUUUAAAAAUAUUAGGGACUACUGCUCUGCAUAUGGACUUUUGGUUUAAAUAUAUAGUCCACCUCAAAAAUAAAAGGCAUAAGUUCAGUUGUUUUAAUUUAUUUUACAAGAGAUGCUAAAAAUAUAAUAGCUUUUAAAACAUUAGGGACUACUGCUCUGUAUAUGGACGGCCUUUGCUUUUUGGUUUAAAAAUAUAGUACAAGUUCAGUUGUUUUGAUUUAUUUCCCACUCAUUUUUCAAUAUACCUGAAAAUCAUACUACUUCUUAGACAAGGGUUCUGAACAUUUUUGCAUCGCCACACCCGCUCUUGGUUUCAAAACAUUUUGCAUAUCUCCUACUCCAUUUCACACAUAUUUCCAGCACCCCACUUCCACACCCCCUCCCUCCAAACUAAAGAUGCUAAUCAAAUGUAAAUAAACCUGAUUGUAUAAGUCCUCCCCCUGACAUUGCACCCCAUACCCCAGGGGGUUCGGGCACCCCUGGUUACAAACCCCUGCUCUAAGUAGAUCUUGGCUUUUUAGGCCCUGUUUGACUUCUAUAAGUAAUAAUAAUAAGGGGUCUUAUAUAGCGCGGUACCCUAGCCUAGGGCUGGGCUCACCGCGCUGUACAUAAAAAUUUUAUCAAAAGAGACAUAAUCAUGACAUUAAAAUAAAAUACAUUUAUGAAAUAAAGAACAGCAAAACACAUGUAUAUUCACCCACCCCAACACAUAACUUUUACAAGGCAAACCAUGGACGGCAGCCAGAAUGAUCGUUUAUCGGUCAGAGGAGGGGAAUCACUCAGUGUAGUGUGUGUUAUGAAAGAUAAAAUGUGACCUACAGCAAGUAUCGGUAUGGUAAUAUUAGCCUGUACCCUAGAACUGGACAAAUUUGUCUCCUUAUUUGCCUGUUACUGGCUACACCAGCAAGAUCGCCUUUGCUCUUGUUACAGAAAUGACCUUAACACAAAUCAAUAUUCUCCUCCGGAAUGUUCCGAUGAAGUAGGAAUCCACUGAAGCGAAAGAUCAGAUCGCAACCUUAAUUUAAACAUGUUUUCCUUAAUGGGAAGUGGCAUCUUUGGGGGGAGAGAUAGCGUUAUUUGUAGAGAACAGCUCAGCCUGUUUCUUUAGUUUAUAACUAAGUCAUCCCUAUCAACCCUCCAACUCCCCCCUCCCCCCCCCCCCAAUACCGAGGACAUAUGGCGACCCUACAAGGGCUUAAUUUGCACCCCUAUCAUUCUUGAGAAAACUUUUUUUAAAAUAUAGACCUAAUUAAGAUUUAUAGAAAAAUUUCUAAUCUAUGUUUUAUAGUCAAUCGUUAGUAAAUUCAUUAGUUUCACAAAUAAACUAAAUUAUAAGCACAAAAUAAUUUUAUCCGGCUCACUGAAUUCGCCUCCCCCCACCCCCUUUCAAAUGGCGCCCACGGUAAAUGCUGUGUCUUGCCACACGCUUGGUAUUUCGAUGCCCACCACCAUCCCAAAUGAUGGGUAUAAGUCGCGUUCAUGAUGUACUGACUGUAUUACCUAGCCAGUCGAGCGGUACAGUUACUUUGGUCUGGGGUGAUAUGUAGUUUGUAAAUGAAGUAGAUUGUGGAGAUCAUGGCGAGUACGUUCGACCGGGUUUAUUUUGGACCGAGUUAGGUAGCGUCUGCACUUUCCUCCAUAUUGAAAUUGGUUCAUAAUUUCGACACUUACCGGUGAUCAAUGAAAAUGAACGAAUUCAUCUGGUGCAAUGAAACUAAACUAAAGUUCACUUCCACAUCGAUAUCAUUUUAUACCGUUUGUUGUUUUCAGUUUUCCAGUCUGUUGAUUUGCGCCGAGCUUGAUAAGUCAUUAAGGAAAUUUGGCUCCGGGCCAUGACAAGACAUCUGUUAACUAGGCUACAUUGGAAGUUUUUGUAUUUUUUUUUUUAAUUUCUUAUAUUUUUCAUUAUGGAUAUAUGUUACGUUUUUUAUAUUUAUAGUGGUUGCAAAAUAUUAUUGCAUAGUUCUGUUAUAAUGCCGAUUGAGCUAUUUCGGUCGGAGUAUGGUUAAAACUUUGAAAGGUAUGUUAGUUUAUAGUUUAUUUAGACAUUUUAUCAUUAACCUUCUACCCAGGAGAUGCAUUCAGACACGGCAGUCGUGCUUCGUGUAGUGAACAUUUAAAUUAACAAUUUAUGGAUUUUCUUUCGGCAAAUCAUUAUCUUGGGUGUCAGACAGAGAUCCGAUGGAGAAAAAAAAAAGGGGUGGGGGGUAGAGAGAGGACGGAGGAGUAUCUAAAGAAAGGAACUAUUGCUGGGAGGACAAACAUAUUAUAGAGGGCGGUAUAAGUAAACCAGUCAUCAAUAUCAGAUCAUGCACGGGGACUGCUCGACGGCGUCUGGCUGGAAAAUCAUUUGUAGGGUUUGUCUCUACACAAGGGAACUACAGAACCCAAAUAAUUUUGUUGUUGUUGUUGUUAAAUAAGCAAGCAAAGAGAAAACGUGAUGCAAAGACAACGAGUAAGAGCGUUACGCUUUUUUAAUGAUAUGAAAUUACAGAGAGAGACCGGCGCCCGUUGAAAACUGAGUUCAUUGUUUGGCUGGGCCCAAGGGGGAGACAGACAACUGUUUUUAUUUGAAAAAAAAAGCAAAAAAAACAACAAAUGAUUUGUUAAACGCUGAUGUUUGAAAGGCUUCGCGUCUUAACCAGGAGAUUACAAGGACGAUCUUGGCCAUAGACAAACCACAUAACAACUCAAAGAUUAAUGCCCACGGGGGAGGGGGGAGAUAUUUAAAGUGGAGGGGGGGAAGUCUUGGAAUCCCUCCGCCCUUUCGCUUGUUGUAAGAGACAUGCCCGGGCUAUUGAGGCGAGAAACCAAUUGAAGGCAAUGCCUCGAGAGAUGGAUGGGGAUGAUCGACAAAUUGCAUGCUAGUAAACAUGGGAACCAUUUUCUCGGUCAUUUUCUUGGCGCGUUCCAAAAAAAAAAAAAAAAAAAAAAAAAAAAAUACACGUGAAAUUUGACAUUUGCAAUCUGUCCUGGUUUAUACAUACACGCUGUUCAAUUCUAGCCCUGGGUUACGGCGAACAGCAUCGAAUAACAUAUUUAUUAAAGAUAUUAGAGUUAUUAUUUAUUUUUAAAUAACCGCAAUGGGAUCUUGCUUUGGAUUAGAUUUGAUCGCGUCAGUAAAAUGUCAUUCUUCCCUGGAUGAUCGGAGUCGCGCAGUUAGUUGUAUAGUGCUUCUUCUUCCAGCGCCCCGAAUCUCAAACUCUUCUAAUCACGUGUUCGGCCAGCUGUUUGAUCUAGUUUUGAAUCGUUGUCUACAACCACCCUUUCACCAGACGCACCGGUGCGACUAGGCCAUCGAAUUUUCUUGCCCUUGUGGGAAAACUUGGCGUGUGUGGCCAGUGUUGGAGUUUUUGGACGUUUACAGGAUUCACAACCACCAAGUCAAUAACUUGAAAUAUUGUGGAGGGGGGGGGGAGAAUAAAAUGGUAUGUGGGUGGCGUUGGGGGGGGGGUGAUUUCAGCGUAAUGAAACCCUACUCUGGAUUGAUCCUUCUCAGAAAAGAUCCGGAUGCUGAAUACCAACUAAAAUGCGCAAAUGAAUUUUAAAAGGCGCUGUUUUAAUGUUCUUAACAAUUAGUUAAAUAAAGGAUGCUCAUUUACGCCUGUAGCGAUGACUUUAAAAUGUCUGUUGCCCUGAGUUUUUACGCUUUACUCAGCUUUUCUCUCUCUCUCUCUCUCUCUUUCUCUCUCCUCCUCUCUCUCUCUCCUCCUCUCUCAUUCCCCUCUGUCCCUCCCCAUCUUUCUCCCUCCUUCUCUCUCUAUACCAAAUUCUGGAUUUGUUGUAUGCCACUUAAAUCCCUCUUCGUCCAUUCUACAAUGACUGGGCAUCCACCAAGAUGUCAAAAAUAUGGUGUGAUUGAUCUGGCGUUGAUGUGCGUUAGCCAUUAAGCAGCAUGCUGUCAGUCAUUCUGAGUGCCCCAAUUCAGUAAUAGGCCACAAAUCAUAGCAAUCUGCGGUCAGAGAGUCAUACUCUCAGACCAUGGACGCAAGACAGCAAUCUAUGGUCACAGAGUCAUACUAUCAGGCCAUGGACACUAGACAGCAAUCUGUGGUCAGAGAGUCAUACUAUCAGACCAUGGGCACAAGACAGAAAUCUAUGGUCACAGAGUCAUACUAUCAGACCAUGGACACAAGACAUCAAUCUAUGGUCACAGCGUCCUACUAUCAUAAAACGUGUAGCUUAAAUUACUCAAUGCUCUCAAAGGGAUGAAUCGUUACACCAAGAUUACAUACCUUGGCAUCCGAUUUCAGAUUUUUAAAUGGUGACAUUCAUCUAUACCCAAGGCUAGGGCUUGAUAACAUUAACAUUCUCUGUAAAAUGUUAGUUCACAAAAAAGCACAUUUAGAAAUCCAUGUAUAGUGAUGGACAAGCUGUCAGCAUAGUUGUUUUCAUUCGUUCAAAGAAUUCUGAAUAACGACGUUUUCCUUAGAAACAAAAAAAAAAAAACCAAUCAAACUUUGAUAGUACCGUACUCGAAGACGUAUCUCUAUGAGUAGGUGUCCAUAGUUUCAAACGUCUUUACAAAAGCAUCGUUAGUGUAUUUAGAGGUGUCUCACAAGACUCAAGUCUUGUAUUGACAGUCGCGUGUACUGACGUGCGCCCCGCGUGUGUCUGACUGGGACGCAUUAUCCCCAAUUACUGGAAUCCAAUUCCCCUAAUUGCUCAAUCACAUGGUGCAUUUAAGAUGAUAAUCGCCCGGCUCGUGUUGGGAAGGUUUCUCAUUAGCGACCUGGUUAUUACCUCGCGGUGGGAAAUAUAUUGAUCUCCGUCCCUGGAGUCCUUGCACGCUUCACAGCUGGCCUUCAGUUUCAUCCCUGGUUUCCUGCCUAGAUUAUUAUCUAAUAUGUCUUUGGCUAUGAAUGCGUUAACCUCACACCGUGGCCCGUCUGACCUCGCCAAUAACUCGGCCAUACAUUCGAAAAUAGCAAUCCAUCACCCACACCUGUCACUUUGUUGUUGUUGUUGUUUUUUGGGGGAGGGGGGAUAUUUUUUCGUACUUGAAACUCCUGCCAUGUAUCUUAUUGGCCAAUUUCUUAUGCAUAAUGUUGUUGUGUUAAGGGUCAUGUCUACCUAUACACUCAUGCACUGAACUAAAAUAUUGUCCAACACUUUGAAUACAUUGAUGUCAUAUGUGUAUGUGAGUUUAUAAUAUAUGUGUGGUGUAUAUAUAUAUAUAUAUAUAUANUAUAUAUAUAUAUAUAUAUAUAUACAUGUUUGACCCUCUCAUAUACUGCUGUUCCCAGAAUGGUCAGCGAGGAUCUCCCAUUCGCUUUCAAUGUUGGCUUCCCUGGUGUUCCCUUUGCCGCAGCCGUCCAAUAAGUAGUGUCCCUCUGCCAACUUUCCCUACAGCAGAUUCCUAAGAGCCUUCGCACUGCAGAUGUGUAGCGGUCUUCGCUACACUCUUGUAACAGUCUACACAAUAGCCUUCUCAACGUGGUGGGGGAUAUCAGAAACAAAUCUGCACUGUGAACGUGCCUUAAGGAAUAAGGCCUUCCCUCACUCUUCUUACAUGGCCUAACCAGCGAAGGCGCCCCCUGUUAAGAGCGGAGAACAUGCUACACAUUUUGGCAGAUUCCAAAACAUCUGUGAGGCACUUUGUUCUGCCAAAUAACGGGUUUAAUUCUUCUUGGGGCUGGUGAGUUAUGGUAUGAUGAUCACAUAAUUCUACUACCAUAAUUUUGUUGCACAAAUGACUUAAGUCUCUUGAACAAAUGAAGGUUUUGUGGAUCAGUGGGCAGUGGGCGUGAAUCCCCGAAUAGAAACUAUUUUGGGCUAUUUCAUUAACCAAUUGGCUAUAAUGUCACAACUCAACAGCAGUGGUUACCAACCUUUUCGUGCGAUGAGAUGGAAUGGUGAGUUCGUGUUGGAACAAUUCAUAGUAAUGAAUGCAGUGUCAGCUUUGGUCAAAUGCCUAGCUGGUCAUGAGAGUUACAUUUAACUACAAAAUCUCGUAGGGCAGAGAUGCGCAUUUCGAGGUGCUCUCUAUUAUAUUUUACAUCUCUGUCACAGUGGCCAUAACGUUAGUCAGUCAGUAAAGAUUGUGUUAUCCAUUCAUUUCAUUGAAAGAAAAACGACUAUUUCGUGCACCAAACGGUUGGGGGUGGGGUGGGGGAGAGCGUUCAUGCAGUAAGGAAUCUAUCUUUAAUCAAUACCCCCCAAACACACUCACACCUCAACCUUACAUGCAGACAUUUUUUUAAACGGGCUUCAUUCAAUGUCUUGGACGUUUUUAUUUACCCCAAUCUUUCUCUUGCUUGUCAAUUUUCUUUUCUUUAUAAAAAUACAUUUUUUUAAAUGUUUAAUUCCAAUGCUUGCUCGAACAUUAAACCCAUUUGGGCCAGCACUCUGUGUCGACUCGUGACAAAUUACCCCCCUUGAUAGUUUUAUUGGGUCUUGUAGCCAAGAAGCGUGGAAGACCCUUGAGCUAUUUUACAAAAAACGCACAUUGAAUGAAACUUGACAUGUUAAAACCCAAUAUAAAAAGACAAACGGACUUUUCCCCCACUGAUGAUGAGUUAUUUCAAGUAAGUUUACUGUUAGAGUGCAACAACUUGUCGAUGUAUGCUGUUUUACGUAACUCACACUUGCCUUAUUAUGGUUUCUUCUUUGGCUUUUAAAUGGAUUCUGGUGUCUAUAACCUUUAUCAAAGAUUGUAAUUAUAAGCUGGUAAGGCACAAUCGCAUUGAUGAAAACACCUUGAAGGAUUAUACAGCUACUUCUCCCAUCUAUUAAAGUUUCUUAAAAAAACAUGAGCCCAAGUAGCGUACAUUGAAGAAUCCCAAUUUUUCGCUUCACCCCCUUCCCUCCAUUAUACGUCACUGCACACAUUUUAUUUCACGCCCAUGAACAAUAUUAAUAUUCUGAUGCCCCAACCUCUUUUAAACCGAAUAUUUAUUACUCCAUAUUUGAAUUGCGACGAUUUCAUUCUCCGAAAAGAAAAUAAUACACACCAAAUGCACUUGCAUUAUUUAAAAAAAAAAUAAAUAAUUUAACAGUUAUCGGAAAUUAUAUUUUGCACGAUUUCUGGAAAUGGAAGAAGUCACACCACAAGCGUAAUAUAUGUAAGAGAUAUUGCUUUCCUUAGGUUCAAAUGAGAGUGUGCAUUUGUCUGUAAUGGAGCAUAACUAUUAAAGUGACGGUGUGCAUUAGUCUGUAAUGGAGCAUAACUAUUCAAAUGACGGUGUGCGUGUGUCUGUAAUGGAACAUAAAUGUUCAAAUGACUGUGUGGAUAUUUUAGUUAUAUGAAGCUUUUUAUAAAUGUAUGUAAGGCUUGGCAGUCAAAAAUUGCACAAAGGACUCAUGGUUUAUGUCAACAUCUCCCUGUUGAAGGAUAUGCAUAUGACGAAAAGGAAGAAAAUAGAGAAAUAGAUCUAAUAAUGAAGCUUUGAAGGCUAAAUAUUUCUGUUUGGUACGGUUAGAGGGAAAGAAAUACUAAGAGAUGAUCAUAUAGUAAAGAUCAAUGUUAAGAACUUGCAGUUUUUGAACGUCCUUACAGCAUUUACUACUUUACAUGUCUAAGUGUCUUUAACGUAUCCCUCCUCUGUCUGUCUUAUUUGACAACUAGUCCUCUAAUAAUGUCAAUGACAAGAUUGGAAACCAAUGAAAAAUAUUUAAGAAUUUUAAUAUUUUCAAUAUAUUAUGUAUUAAGAAAUACACAUUUCUCCUCAAACUCUAAUGUAAACUGAAGACGGUUUGUCAUUUAUCAUACACUCGUCUAUGGGGACUGCCAAUCAUGUCAUUAUAAAAUAUUGAAAGCUGUCUUGAAGAAAGCUCGCGUUUACCCCUUUACCUCUGCUCGGGACGUAAAGGUUAACACUCUGCCGAUGGCCUGCCGUUCUGAGACGUAACACGAUUCCCAGUCAGCCCGUGUCUAAAGAAACGGCGCAAGGGGUCAAAACACGCCAAUUAGAGCUAACCAUCUCGCCGCUUAGACGUCAUCUCACCGUAGGCGUCAAAUAGGCUGUUAGCACAUAACCUCGAACCGUCACUCCACCGCAGCCCCCCCCCCCGCUAGAUGCGCGAAAUCUCCAAUAGGAAAGUGUUUGCCUGGUGAUUUCUCAUUUGUUUCCAUCACGAUUCCGGCCAACAGGGGCGCUAACAGAUCAAUCUGACUGAUCUCUAAACACGUGCUGGCAUCUUCGAUUCCAAGAAGUUUAGUCCCUUUCCCCCGAGAUUUAGGAAAUCCCGCAUGCAUGCACCAACACAUACCCUCGUGUCGAUUAGCAUAGUGGCCCUGGUCGGGGUAAUAGGAUCGGCGGGGACCUGGGUGGGUUUGAAUUUGAUGAAUUUAGUGCCGGGUAUAAGAUGUGUGGACAGCCGAGAGAGAGAGAGAGAGAGAGACUUUGUCCAAGUUCCGUCAGAUGCUAAUUUGUUCGGCCCUUCGCUGAUCGCUGUGGAAAAAAAAAUGUGUAUGGGCCCGGCCAUAUAGUUCAAUCCAAGCAGACAGACUCACUGAAACAGUUUUAGUGCGUAUCGUUUGGAAAAUAUUCUAGUUCUUAUUAUUUAAAGAAUUAAUUUCUAGAACCAGACUCGUCCGUGACGUCCAGGUUAGACUCUAGCUCUUUGUGUGUAUGCCUGAUUUUUUAUUUUGCCCCUUGGGGUUCUAUUCAAGCAAAUAAAUUAUAUCUUUUUUGUUUGUUUCUUUAUUUGUUGCUGUUGGUGGGAUUUGUUUGUUUUUUGUUUUUUUGCAUCAAACACUUUUUUGUUGGAGGCCCGUUUGACACGUGGGUUAAUUUAUUUACAACAGUUACUGGUAUCGGCGGACCAUCCAUUCAAAAAGCACUAUGUCAACACUGUUGUCUUCAAAUACACCAAUCGCGGUCUAAUUAUAUAAUGCAAAUAAGUUUGAAAAUAGAUUCCUCCCGGUUGACUCCGAUCGAUAAGGGGGUCUAUAGAAGCCAUAAAUAUUUGAUUUGCCCUGAGGGCGUCUGGGCAAUGACAAGCGCACUGUGUUUUAACGGUAAUAGGGCCGUCUGGUCAGUAGAAUGGAGGCUUCCGGUGGAUAACAGCGGUCAGUUGACAGUCACUGUCUGUGUAAUCAAGAGGGACUAGUUUCCUUGUCGGUCACUAUCCUGGCCGUGUCUGUUCCCCAAGGAAAUCUUUUCGGGGGGGGGGGUGUUAUGGUGGGACAAAUUGUACGUCUGCAUCAGUCGAUGUUUUGUCUUGUCUUCCGGUAAAACCCGCGAGUGCAUGAUGACACAGUGAGUUAAACUGGAAAGCUUGCUGGUAGUAGUAAUUAUGGGUUUCAAUGGUCGGUCACAGAACUCAAUCAUUACCCAUAGUCUUGAAUUUCCCGUUGAAUACUAUUUGGAAUAGUUUGUGGAAACGUGCAGGUGUAUAGUCUAUUGAGAAGUGUAGGGGUAAGAACCCCGACUCGUAAUAUCUAGCGCUAGGGUCAUCGCACCCCUCCCCCCCCCUCCCCCAAAUCCAGUUAAUGACGUUCUCGUUUGUAGUAUUUGGAACGUGAGGAGUGUUGCCGUUUGGAGACGUUGGCGCAUUGUUAAAAUGAGUCCAAUUUUGGUGGCCAGACGUCAAAGAUAGGUCCCCCCCCCCUCUCUCUCCCAGUACCCUUGCAUCAGACAGACGUGGAGUUCUGUUGAAAAGUCACGUCGUCACUGUCAAGCUUGCCGUCUGUUGUAUCACACGGCAAUCGUCAAAUACAGAGGACUCAUCGGAGAACGCUCUCUGCCUGGCGUGGAGUCAAUCUGAGACUCCCGUACCAAGAGGCACUACUAGACUGUAACCGUGUGUUCAGUAGUCCUGAGUUUUAAGCCGGCAGACUGAGGUUCUCAUACGUUUUUAAAUCUGGUCUCACUCACUCGGUACAUUUAGGGACGAAACAAUUUAUAAACAAAAAUGUCUAAUGAUCAAGUUGUCUUCCUGAAGAAGAAGACGGAGCGGGGUUUGAAUCAUCCUGACUCGACCUCUCCCCCCCCACCCCCACACACACACAAUUUGUUUUUCCUUUUCGACCUAAGGGCAAAUAGCCAAGAGGAAAAUACUUGUCAUCACGGCUUUGAGCAUACAGCCGUGUGAAACGACUCGUGUCAUUCCAGCUCUGGUGAAACAGCCGCUUAGGAAAGACUCUCCAUCCCACAAAAAGCUGGGUGGAAUAGACUCACCAUCCCACAACUAGCUGGGUGGAAUAGACAAGUCAUCCCAGCAAUGGACUAAAAGCUGGGUGGAAUAGACUCUUAUUAUGGUGUAAAUAUUUUUAUAAAACUCACAUUUAAAAAAAAAAAAAUUUCGAUGUACCUUUUUUUUCGCUUACAGUAUUUUAAAAAAAAAAUAUAUCAAUAUCGCGUGUCUAUUUUUGUUUUAUAAAUUAAUUAUAAAUGGAGGUGCUGAUCACACUUUGACUCCAAAAUAUUUGAUCGUGACUCCUAAUAGUUUGAACCUAUGAUCUAACUAAAAGUCAUAAAAUAUCGCUGAUGAUCUGUAAUGUUAGUUAUUGUGAUAAGGUUCGUUUGGUGUUUCUCAUUGUUGUUUUUUUUUAUUGUGGUCACAGAUAGAAUAGCGAUGUUUUAAACUUUGACUAUGAAAUAUUUUACCUUGGUAAAAAAAAGUCAUUUAUUUUUAGACUGACCUUUAUUACAGAGAAUACCAGCCUUGAAUUAUACCCCCCCCCCCCCAACUCUCUCUCUUUAGACUUCUCUCUUAAACUACUAGAAGCUAAAAACAACAUAUUAAAAAAAAAUCUCGAGAAGACCUUUGGGGUUUCUUUGACAUUUUAAUGUUUGGCGUAGUUAAAGCAUCACCUUUUUCUCUAGAUGGCUUUGACGGGAUGAAACAAAUGUAGAACAUGGGAGGGAAGGAAGUGUGAGACGGGCGACAGAAUGGCUAGCAUGGGAGUGAUGCUGGUUGGGGGGGGGGCAAUAUGAUGGGAUAUCGAAGAGAGGGAGGUAGAUGGACGAGACGGAAGCUUUAGAGGCAUGGUAGAUUAGGAAGAUUUAGAGACAUGGAAGAGAGGGAAGCUUAAGGGGCACGGAAGAGAGGGUAGCUUUAAAGGCAUGGAAGAGAAGGAAGCUUUAAGGGCGUGGAAGAGAAGGAAGCUUUAAAGGCAUGGAAGAGAAGGAAGCUUUAAGGGCGUGGAAGAGAAGGAAGCUUUAGAGACAUGGAAGAGAAGGAAGCUUUAAGGGCGUGGAAGAGAAGGAAGCUUUAGAGACAUGGAAGAGAAGGAAGCUUUAGAGACAUGGAAGAGAAGGAAGCUUUAGAGACAUGGAAGAGAAGGAAGCUUUAGAGACAUGGAAGAGAAGGAAGCUUUAGAGACAUGGAAGAGAAGGAAGCUUUAGAUGUAUGUUAGAGAAGGAAGCUUUAGAGACAUGGAAGAGAAGGAAGCUUUAGAUGUAUGUUAGAGAAGGAAGCUUAUGAGACAUGGAAGAGAAGGAAGCUUUAUAGACAUGGAAGAGAAGGAAGCUUUAGAGACAUGGAAGAGAAGGAAGCUUUAGAGACAUGGAAGAGAAGGAAGCUUUAGAUGUAUGUUAGAGAAGGAAGCUUUAGAGACACGGAGGAGAAAGAAUCUUUAGAGGCAUGGAAGAGAAGGAAGCUUUAGAUGUAUGUUAGAGAAGGAAGCUUUAGAUGUAUGUUAGAGAUGGCUAGUGAUUUAUGAGACGGCAGAUUAGAGGGAGGGACACACCUUUGAUGUUUUAAAACUAUCAUUUUGUUGUUGUUGUAAUUCUUAUUUGACACAUGUUGAAUGGAAGGGCUUGUGAUUUGAAUUUGACUUGUGUGAAUAGAAAUGUUAAAACGGCUCUAGCCUAUGCAACACAGCGUAAUUAAUACGCCCCUUACUGAUCGGUCUCGCUGAACACCCCUGAGCCACGGCAGGGGGGGGGGAGGGUCGUCUCUAAUCUGAACAGUCCGGUUUAAUGACUUUGCUGUCCGAGGAGUCUUACAGACAAGUUCGGUAUAAUACAGGCAUAAAGGUUUGAGUGCUUAUACCACCAGACAGCCAACGUGCGGGGUCAGUUGUCGGCAAAUUUCUAUCAGAUCAUUCAUUUGAACCAAUAUCUGUAGGAAUAAUCCGAGCAGGCCCGCCAGAGACGAAUCCCAUUAACGUGUUCUCUACGCUUAAUUGGGUUUUGGGAGAAAAUAGGAAUCGGAGAAUUCUGUGCUGUCAUGCAGGCCGUGACCAGUGGGGACAAAUUUCCACGUCCAAAUACAGCACGUAAGAGAACUUGGGCAUGUAAGAGCUUUGGGUGCGAUGUAUAAAUAAGACGCAGAAAGACUAAGAGAUUAUUUUGUAUUAUUAUUAUUAGAGAUUAGGCUAUGAGAUAGGAAGCAAUGUGACAAUGAUAUGCGAUUUAUAAAUUGGACAAAAUGUAUAAAUGGAAGACGAUGAGUGUACGUGUUUCUUUGAGUCCAGUGAUUCAAUAAAGCUGCUUCAAAAAUAUUUAAUAAAAAAAAGAACUAAAAAAUAUUCUAAAGUAGGUAUUCUCAUUUCCUCUAUCACGAAGUCUGUAUUUUGGAGCUAAAAUAAUAAAUUCCGGUAAUACCAGUAAGAAACUCCCUAUAUUGACUCUUGAAUUAAACAAGCAAACGACCAUUACCUUCCUAUUCCAGACACUGUCAGUUGGGAACUUUGUCUAGUCAGAACCCGAAACUCAAAGCCAACUAAAUUUGUUUGGUUUCUUGGGAAGUGGGGGGGGGGGGGAUUGGCUGUCUUUUUUUUUUUUUUUUUUUACCUAAUUUGGGCCGCUCUCCUCCUAGCCGUGGCUUUGCAUUGAAAUGCUAUCAUUUGCAAUUAAGGUAGCCCGGGGGGAGAACCCGCACCAGAAAUACCAAGCGUUGUCGACCCUUGAAUUACAAAGUUGCUGUCCGGUGUCCAUUGGUUGUUUGAUGUAAACAUCAUUCCGGUAAAGAGGGUGCAAAUGUUUUAAAGAUGGGGCGGCACAUUUAUAAACAAGUAGUUAUUUAUGAUUUGUUCAUGAAAGUUCCUUCUUGGCACUGGGGCAUUUAAAAAAUGGAAUUAUCUAGGAUCAUAUUAUAAAGGAAAACGUUGUUGUUUUGUCGUUGUUGUUUAUUUUUGUUAGACUAAACGCCUAUUUAAAACCUUCAUUUUUCUGAUAUAAAAAUGCUGUACAACUCUUAUCCACGGACGCCAGCAUACAAGGUGAUCACUGUAUGAGGGAGAUUGUGACGGCUCGAUAAUUUAAGGUGUACUUUCUAAGGUGAUAACUGUAUGAAGGAGAAUGGAACAGUUCACUAAUUAAAUGUGUACGUUCUACGGUGAUAACUGUAUGAAGGAGAAUGGAACAGUUCACUAAUUAAAUGUGUACGUUCUACGGUGAUAACUGUAUGAAGGAGAAUGGAACAGUUCACUAAUUAAAUGUGUACGUUCUACGGUGAUAACUGUAUGAAGGAGAAUGGAACAGUUCACCAAUUAAAUGUGUACGUUCUACGGUGAUAGGGCGGAAGUAUGAGUCUCCUGCAAAGUAGCGGGAGCUUCACUGUCUUGUGGCACGCCUCACUGUCUUGUGGCACGCCUCACUGUCUUGUGGCACGCCUCACUGUCUUGUGGCACGCCUCACUGUCUUGUGGCACGCCUCACUGUCUUGUGGCACGCGCUCAUUUCUUUGUAAUCAGGCCUGAACAUGAAAGGUGAUGGCAGUUGAAAGGUCAAAGGGUAAUAAACCUCCCGUGAUGGCGAAAAUAAAUGGACUUUCUAAAGAAAACCUUCCAAUUAAAUUGCUCUUUUUCGCAUUGUAACUGUACAGUUCGAGCGGUUAUUUAAAAAAAAAAUGAAAUGAGUCACUUUCAUUUCUGGUGUUAUUUUUCGCCACCCCAGUGGGGCGUGUACGCGGCUUCUCUUAUUGUGUACGGUAAUCAUUAAAACAUGUACGGUAUAUCAUUAAAACAUGUACGGUGUAUCAUUAAAACAUGUACGGUAUAUCAGCAGAACUUGCACUGUGUAUCAGCAGAACGUUUACAAUAAUAAACCAGCAGAACUGAACAACUUUGAACCCAGCAAUUUAGAGGCAGUGACUUUAAUGGUAUCAAAGUCUCAAUUGUUAAGACACAUAUUAUAUAUUUACUACACAAGACCGACUGGUACAUACCUACGUGCUGUGCUAACACUAUGAAACACUAAAAGACAGCAACAACCUCCUCGUGGAACUAUCACCGAUUGGCCUCAAGGGUAGAGGUAAACCCCCCUUGAACAUGGACUCCUCCAUCCCAUUGAUUGGUUAUCGAGUGCUUGGCUAGUGUGCGUUCGCGGGAUGACAUCGCUUCUUCCAGCCCACAGUCGGAACCAAAUAUCUUGUAGUGGGGGGAGAACUGGCGACUUUCUCGCUUGGGGAGUUCAACAAAAUGUUCGACCAGCGUGUUUGAUUUAGAUUCGUAUACUGAAAAUAUUCAGCUGAGAUGUCUCAAACUAAGACAUAAGAUGAUCAUCGUGCACGUUAUAUUUGAUAUAAAUCUGCACUCUCCGAUCUAUUUAACGUACUUAUGUGUGAUCUAGCAAUGCUCAGAGAUCACUUGAACGUCCGAUGAGAGGAACUCUUAGUACUACCCUGUGCUUGUACUCUGCAACAGAUUAUUUUUCAAGGUAAAACGUGGACAGGGGACUUUUAAAGAAGAAAAGAUAAAAUGUGUAGUGAUGGUUGUGCCUGUAUGGUCAUUGUGAUAGCUCACCAAACCUAACCAUAAUUAUCAUAUUGUAUUUUCUUGCCAAAGAAACUUGAGAAAAAAUCCAUGCCUUGUACAAAGUGUGGGUUACGAAACCCCCCCCCCCCCCCUUUUUUUUUUUUCUUUUCUUUUCAACUCAAUGUUUUUACCUGACUUCAUCUCCUGGCCACCUGCCAUGAAAGAACUUGAAGAGUGUUUGCGUAAUGAAAUAUACGACCGAUUAAAGCGUUUAUCCUUCAGGGAACUGGUCCUACUGCCCUAACCGACAGGUCUUAGAAAGGCUGCUUAGAGAUACAAAUACACCGCUCGGCGCAUGCCCGGCUCAUGCCUCAAGGCAUUCGGAUAACUGGCUCUUUUCUUGUUUACUUUGUUAAACCAGGCAGUAUCUUUAUUCAAGUCGUGGAAACGGAUUCGACACUUUUUUUUUUUUGCUUUUUUUUUUGUAUAUACACACGCGAUGCCCUCCGCCCCCUCCCCCCCCACCCCAAAUUUUUUUUUUACUCCCGCUUCACUGAUUCAUUGUUUUUGUUUUUCUUCCCCCCCCCCCAACCCAAUCUAAACUUAGUAGAUUCGUUCUUCAGCGUCUUGAAUGCUUCCAUGGCCGCGAUAAUAUACAGUUUGUUAAACAUACCUGAAUGCUGUUUUAAUCACUAGUGUGAAACUGUGUUGAACGCGAUACAUUCCUCUUGACAUAAAAUCUUUAUGCUGUUUUACCUAAUCUAUUUAUGCACAUUAUAUAUAUAUAUAUAUAUAUAUAUAUAUAUAUACAUAUGUGUGUGUGUGUGUGUGUAUGCAUCUUUUAUAUGUAGCUUUUAGAAAACAGCAGAUGCGACAGUAUAUGUAUAUAGAAAACAAAGGCGAAAAACAACAAACUCUUAGGCUAUUAGUGACUUCGAUCAAGUAGUUCCGCUCCUGAGAGCGAACAUUAAUGGAAUAUAAGAGUAUUAGCGUUAAUUUCUCUCCUAAACCGUACCGUUAUUACUUCCCAAGACAUAACCAGCUUUAAAAAAAAAAAAAAAAACUCAUUUUAUCGAUCUUAAGUUUCAUUAUGUUAUUUUAUGUUUAAAUAUUUCGUUUUUUUUUUUUGUUGUUUUUUUAAAAUAGAAAACUCCAAUAGGAAACAUUUAUGGGUCGAUAUUAUCUCCCUGGUUUUUGUUUAAAAUUCGUUUUUCUUUCUUGCCAAAGCUUAAGGCCAGCACUGCAGGGAGAGUCAAUUCUUUCAACAUCUUUGGCAUCUCUACAUUGUUUUCUCCUUUCUCCCCCAGCUAUUUGUGCAUCUGAGGGGAGAAACAGAUUAAGGUCACACAAAUAACAUUGAUUUGAAUUUUUCCCCUCCUUACGAUCUCGUCACCCCCCCCCCCCCAAUCCCCCUUGGGUGAGGAUUUAUUCCUUGACGCGGGGGGGGAAGAGGGGCCCGUUUAUGACGGCAAUAGACUUUUGGCCUAAUACACUUGAUCAGACCCGAAGACGCCCACUUUGGCAUCUCUACAUUGUUUUUCCCUUUCUCCCCCACGUAUUUGUGCAUAUGAGGGGAGAAACAAAUUAAGGUAACAAAAAUAACAUUGUUUUGAAUUUUUCCCCCCCUUACGAUCUCGUCCCCCCCCCCCCCCCAAUCCCGCUUGGGUGAGGAUUUAUUCCUUGACGCGGAGGUGGAAGAGGUGCCAGUUUAUGACGGCAAUAGACUUUUGGCCUAAUACACUUGAUCAGACCCGAAGACGCCCGAAGCCAUUACGAAAUUGGAAGCUUCUUUCAACUGUCGCGUGCUUGUGGGGGUUGGGUCAACGGUUCUCAAGCGGGGUGAGCGUGUACAGUUAUUGUUUCUGAAAUGCAGCAACAUAAGGCAAUGCGACGUAAAAACAUCCCUGCCUCAGUUUUACACGCGUUGACUUUUGGUAGAUGUUGUGCAUAAAAUGAAGUGGUGGAAAGUGGUGUGCUCAGGUGAAAAUUGCCUCCGAUGUGGUGUGCCGCUUUUAAUCUGCUGCCUCAUCACGACAUCACCAAAAUUUACCAAGUUUAGUGCCUGAUAUAGGGAGUAAAGUAGGAGGCCCAAAAAAAAAUGCACCCUCCCUCAGCAGAUGUCAUUUAUUGUUUAGUCCAAAGAAUUUUAAGCGAUCGUACGGGGGUGAUGAAGAUUGCAGGCAUAGCUAUAACUUCGUUCCUUUAAGCGUUUAAAUGACACAAUACAAGGGGGAGAUGGUCAACCUUACCACUGUACGACGGUUACGUUACGGUAAAAGAUGGCAGUAGCCGAUGAAAGACGCGCAUGGUAUAUCCAAGUGAAAUGAGUAUUGAGACAUUUCAAUUAUAUUUGAAAAUCAAAUGAUUUACAGCAUGUAUACUGUUCUAGAAAAUUCGGCUUUUAUACAGUAAAUAAACAAGGUAAUGAGCCCGGUGACUGGAAUAGGUCAAAAGUAAAUUUAGCCAAUUUAGGACUUGAUAAAUACGCAUGCUUAUUUUUUACUGGCAAAAUAUUUGUAGCCUAGCUAAUGAAUAUGAAAUGCAGAUGUUGGUUAUUGUAUUUACUUCAUUUGUUUUGGUGGGGAGGGGGUGGUGUCGGGGGAAUGGGUAUUUGGGUUAAAAUUACAAUUCAUUAUUGUUUAAAAUAGAAAUAUAUACAUAUUUUGUCCUGCAGCCUGUCAUCACAUAUUCGAUACGUGUACCCCCUGAGGUUUGAGGUCCCUUCUGUUGAGAUAUGUUUUAUUAAUUCAUUGAUACAGAUAGUUCCCAUGGCGAGUAUUUAUUAUGGGCCUAAAGUGCCCAGCUGUGAGCUUUUAUGAUUGGAUUGCUGCUGAGCUUUAUAUUUAAAGCCUGCUGCCCGUUUAUUGAUAGUUGCGAUAAGGUGAUUGUAAUAUAUAUAUAUAUGUAUAUACGUUCACUUAUUCUGUAAAAGAAAAGAGAAAUGUCCAUUCAUAUUAAACACCUAGACCCAUUUGAUUGCUCGGUGCGGAACCGUUACAUACGAGUCAACCCUUCUCUGUUAUACCUCAUCUCGCAUCAACUACAUUUUAGAAACAUUGUCAAACUAUUGACGAUUAUUGACAAUUAAUAAUCCUUUGCCGCUGCUAUUGACAUUUCUAAAAUACAUGUUCUUUUUUUUUAAUAAUCAUAUCAGAUUAAAGCGUAUGAAAAUCUCUUUUUGAAACCAUACCAGCGAGAGUCUUGGCAGUCGCUAGUUGUAUGGAUGUUAUGGCUUACCGUUAUGUCCUCUGAAGUUAUUACUUGUACUUUAAGACCAGCAGUGAAGUCCACCUUAUACUAAAUUCUCGCCUCCCGCACAAGAUACAUAGUCAUGUCCUUCCCAUUUUCUCGGCCCGUGUUCACAGACUGGACAUUGUCCUAAAAUCGUUUAAACUCAAUCACCACCUUCUCGGAGACUCUCGUUUUUUCCCCGACAGAUAGCGCCCUGUCUCAUCGGGCCAAUUUAGAUCAAUUUGUUUGGUGUCUAUGCCGGAGUAAUUGACUUUAUGCCGAUUUCCCGAAGCCGGUUGGGCAUUUAGAGCCGUCCUGAUUGAGGGGUCGAUUCUAGUUUGUCAUGGUGGAAAAUCCAAUUCUUUCCGCUGUCAUUGUCACCGGGAACCUGAGUGCUUGGCUGUGAUAGAUUACUGUUACACGAGAUCCCCAAAAUGCUUGCCUUUUAGACCUCGGGGGUGUUAACUUGACUCUGUGAUUUCUACUGGUUUGUACCAUACAACUCUGCCAGACAGGACCGGGUUACUCGAUAAUGUACAUUUAAAAACAACAAUUGGUAAAAAGCUGGACCUCACCCACCCAACUACUAUCUACCCAUGUCCAGCCAUGGACAGCACUCAUAAGUAUCGAGCGUUGUUAAUCAGUUAGAGAGGGGCGAGGAUGAAUCGGUAUUUUGAUGGGUCUUGGGGGCAGUUUUGAAGGCUGGGAUGGGGCGGUAUAUUGCGGAUGUGUAAUGGUAGAGAAUUCCCACUGUUUUGGGGGCACAUAAAGAGAAAGAUCGUUCACCGUAUCUUUUAGUGCGUGUUUUUUGGAACAGAAAGAAUACGCGUGUCUGCGGAGGAACGAAGCUUUCGAAUGGGUAAAUAGACAGAAAGAAGAAUAGAACGAGAACAGUAUAGUAUUGUAAAGAAGAAUAGAACGAGAACAGUAUAGUAUUGUGUAAGAUUUACCAUUUAUUUUCUUAUUGAUUUCACUUGAUAAAGCAAAAUGAACAUUAUUUCAAUUUAGGAAACUGAAACCUGUCAUUAAUUUGAGGUCUGACUCUCCGAUUGAGUACCCGGUUUAAGAGGCAAACAUAUCUCUGAAACCUUAGACUCGUCAUUAGACAUCUGACUAAAUUGUCGCUAUUACAUGUGCUUGACACUUGCACGAAAAUGUCCACAAAAUAAGAUUUCAAAUGAAUUUAUUGCAGGGGAUUGCUGUGUACACUUCUGUGGCAUAUUUGGCAUAUUUACUACCAUUCGAUGGUGACUUUUUGUCUUAUAUAUAUAUAUAUAUAUUCAGUAGUCCUCAUGUAAACGGCAAUUUCAAUCUGAUGGUUUUGUCUUUUGUAAAUAUUCAGUAGUCCUCUUAUAAACCACCAUUUCAAUCUUAUGCUUUGUCUUUUGUAUAUAUAUUCAGUAGUCCUCUUAUAAACCACCAUUUCAAUCUUAUGCUUUGUCUUUUGUAAAUAUUCAGCAGUCCUCUUAUAAACCACCAUUUCAAUCUUAUGCUUUGUCUUUUGUAAAUAUUCAGCAGUCCUCUUAUAAACCACCAUUUCAAUCUUAUGGUUUGUCUUUUGUAUAUAUUCAGUAGUCCUCGUGUAAACGGCAUUUUCAAGCUGUUUCUCUUUUGCAUAUAUUGAGUAGCCUCAUUUAAAAGUUCCAUGCGCCAUUUCCCACCAAAAGUACACCGUAAUGAAAUUUGUAGACUCCGGCUUGGGGAUAGAAUCGGGCUGAUGGAGACCAUUUUUUCCAAAUUCCCUUCAUUGACCUAGAUAUUACUAGGGAUGAGACUGGGUUUAUAGUUUUUUAACCUUACUUUUUUUGUUCCCUUCCCUCGUCUCGUCUGUUCCAGAAUGUAAUUUCUUGGUUUUAUAAUCAAUUUUUUUUUGUGGUAACAUCAACUAAACCGUUUUUUUUUCUUCUUUCAUCCAACACGUGCAUACUUAUGGCGAAAUUCAAUAAUAAGAUGAAAGAGGGGUCGAAAAGUCCCACCCUAGGCCUCAUUUAUCUUGCUGGCACUCAGCACUUCCUUUUAAAGUCAGUGAUAUUUGCAUUGUUGCUUGAGAGGGUCUGCUAGAUCCGGUAGCAUCGAUCUGCCCGCCCACCGUCCAUUUAUCCCGAUACAUCGCCUCUGUGUGUUCAAACAGAGCUAGGACAGAGGCUUCAUUUGUCAGACCCGUGUCUCGUCGCUGACAACCCCCCCCCCCUCGGGUCUGUACAUUGGAACCUAUGAGUCUUGCCGAGUUGAAAAUAAUUUACAAAAUUCUUUUAUUAUAAUUAUUUGCACCAGCUGCACUUAAAAUUGCCCGAACAGUUUAUUUGGGGAAAACAAUGACACUCUUCUGAAUAAGAUAAAGACUCGUUAUAGUUAUAUCACCAUUAAACAGUAUUGCGCUUAAAUGUUUUUUUUUUUUUUUAAGUUGAAGAUAUUUCAGAGCGAUGCUAUCUUUGAAGUACGUUUGAUAUUAGCUUCAUUGUUACUUUUCCAAUUCAUGUGAGCGUCGUCACAAAGUAAAUGUCCUCAAAGUAGGAGCUGUAUGACUUUUGUAGCUUUGCUUCCUUUAAAUAAUGGUCACUCAUUAUCGUACUUAUCUAAAACUGCAAAGGGCCCAGCACGCUUCAGUGUAUUCAAUGUUCUCUCCCCGGUUCUUGUUUGGGUGUGGUCUUCACUCAAAGAUUCGUCCUGUACAGUAGAUGGGCUCACCGAGGGCUAAAUGCAUUUCGUCUGUUUGGCGUCCGAGUGACUGAGUGCUUUACCCAUUCCAGUUAAAACCAGCGCCCCGCUUGCCGUGAUUAAAUGGCAUCACAAAUCAGGAUAUUGCUCGCGAUCUGGACGGGUGCUCCCGCCGAUAACUUGACCCCAGCCAAUUAGAGAUCAUAAAUCCUGUCGGACCGCGGCAUCAUUGGGGCACCAGGGCAGUAUCGGGGCACGUAUAUCUUUCCAAUUGAUUUGGAAAGGAAAGGGGGGAGAAUGGAAUAGAAUCACUUAGGAAAGAAUUUGAAGAUUCGAUGAGUAUCGUCAGAAUUACAAGUGCAUUGAUAGUGGUGUUGGUUGGUUAUAUCCUGCAUGGAGCGCAGCUCAUUUGUAAAAGUGUUACUGAACGUGUAGGAUUACAAGGAGUACAGUUCAAUCACAUGACUCUUAGUACAAUUAUGUAAGCGUGUCCCGAAGACGGGCACACAAUCUUCUUACCGGAUUUCUUUUACUCAGACGGGUCUUACAUUUAAUCAAUAUUAAGUAAAACCGAUCUGAUGAAGCAAAGUAACCUUUGAAAAUGUUAUGUUUUGUCCACGUGCACUUGAAUCGCACUGUUAAGAGUAGCAGAUUGGAGGAAAAACUUGUCAACGGUGCAUGCGGGCCUCUUGUUCUGUUGAGUGCGAUGCACAAUAAAUAUACGAUAUAGUCAUGGUACUACUCGGCCGGUCAUGUCAUAUUUGUUUAGGAAGGGGUGCGAUCCGACCCGGUAGGCACAUUUCCCCAUAUAUUGAGGGGCAGCAUUUUCGGUCAUCUGCCGAGUUUUUCGUGGUAUAGAUUGGGGGGGGGGGCGCAAAAGGCUACGAUACCCCUAUAAUAUAGAUACGCCACUGCGUGGAGUGGUAAAUUAUUUCAUUAUUUUUUUAAUCUUUGGGUGUAAUGGAAAAAAAAACAACUUCUCAACCAGCUGUCCUGCUGGAGCUAUUAUUAAUUAGUAUUUUUUAAUUAUUUUACAUAAUGGGGUCAUCCGUAAAUGACGUCAUGUUAUUUUGACCAAUUUUUAGGUCCCCCCCCCCUCCAUAUAGUAACUAAUUGGCCACGCAGUUUAUUUAGACACCCUGACAAAAGAAAGUCACAAAAUCGUGACGUCAUUAUGGCUUAACAAGAUGUGAGUACGGCACCUUUUUCCCAAUCAAAAGUGUUCCAUUUAGUGCGAGAUGACGUAGAAGCAAUUACAUGCGAUAGAUAUAUAUAUUUCAUUUAACAUAUUGUUAAAUUUUAUCAUGGACCGUUCAAUAUUUCGGGAGUAAAGUGGGUUGGAUUUUUAAAAAAUACUGUGUAUUUUCUUGGAUUUUUCAUCAUUAUCAAAAGGGUUCCCCUUUUUAUCCGGACACAGUGUAUUUAUUUAAAUGACACAACAACGAAUAAGGUGACUUGACUGGGAGAAAGGUUUUACAGCUCAUUAUUGCCAUACUAGACAUGACACGAGCGUCGAUUGAUGGUGUGUGUUUGUUUGAUGGUCUCAAAAACGUGCCAUCAAAUAAUUGGUACGGUGAAAUCUUUGUACACGUUCAUAGCAACCCUCUGGGAAUACCGGAGUGAAAUCGCUGUGCCCAAUAACGAAGUAAGGACAUAAAUAAAUAAGCCCAAUAAAAGCCAACCAAACGAGCCGAAAAGUCCAAAAGAGUAAGUGUUCAAAGAAUGACACCGAGCCAGUGUGUUGCGUUUGAGCCAUCCCAAGUUUGUCUCGUUCACGGCUUGCGAGGGAUUGCCUUUUCUCUUAAAAUAAAAAUUUGGGAUAGGACAGAUUGGGCUUAGAGUGGUGGUGGUGGUGGUGGCGAGUGAGUGGGGCGCUCGCCGGGAGGACAAAUGAUGUUUUAAGAUAGAGUGGAAUCUGGCAUGUGACAUUCUGGGACUUCCUCUUGCAUGUUCCCUGUUAUUAGUGCUGACACGUAACGACGAGCACGGAGAGAACGGGACGGACACAUUUGUAGGGUCAGGGUGUAUUUCCUCAUGGAUUUUUACGCUUCAAAUUUCGGGAGCGCUGCUGAAAGAGAGAUUUGUUAAUGCGCGGUUGAAUAUUUUCACAGAACGCAAAUCUUAUUUUAAAAAAAAACCGCAGAUUAAGGUAAAUCAGUAGAAACUGAGUGUGGCCAAAUAAACUCAAACAAAUGUUCAUCGUUCGUUGGCCCUAUACAUUCCCCACCCCACAAGGAAAAAAUAUAUGAUUGCUUUCAUCAGGGGUGGGCAAACUACGGCCCGCGGGCCACAUGCGGCCCCGCAACUGAUGUUAUGCGGACCCGAGGACAUUUAGAAAUUUAAAAGAAUUAAUUUGUUUUUAAGUUAUCUUGUUGAAUUUUAUAGAAUUUCAUGUACCGUUAGAUCUAGGAUUGUUAAAACAUUUUUUUUAAAAUAAAAUUUCUUUUCAAUUUUUUUAAAAAGUCCUUGACCUUUGUAAUAUAAUGCUAAUAUGGCAAAAUAUAUAUGCGACCCUCCGAUAGCUUUUCAUUUGUCAAUGUCGCCCUACGCACACAAAGUUUGCCCACCCCGGCUGACAUAAGCGAGAAUAAUUUAAGAGAUGAUUUAAUUAGAAGUCACCCCCCCCCCCACCCAAGCUGUUAGAAGGCGCACAUUGACAAUAAAAGCAGCAUCUGAAACCGUCUCAAUACAUCACGUCAUUAUUUUGUUGAAGUAUACCUUGAUAUAACAUUGCCUCAGUGUCUCUUAAAAUACAGAAACCCUAACAUGUAGAGGGGAUAAAUCUCUUUAUCAGUUUAAGUGUUCGGGGGGGGGGGGGGCAAAUAGCGUUGACCAGUUCAGAGAAAAUCUGCACAUUUACAAAUUUAUAUAAAAACCUGCCCCCCCCCCCCCCCCCAUUAUUUUGUUGAAGUAUACCUUGAUAUAACAUUGCCUCAGUGUCUCUUAAAAUACAGAAACCCUAACAUGUAGAGGGGAUAAAUCUCUUUAUCAGUUUAAGUGUUCGGGGGGGGGGGCACAUAGCGUUGACCAGUUCAGAGAACAUCUGCACAUUUACAAAUUUAUAUAAAAAACUGCGCCCCCCUCCCCCCCCAUCGGUUCUAAAUAUCCCAAUGGUUAUGAGGCGAUGCAGAGCUCAUCAAUCUCAAGUACAUAUAGAUAUAAUAUUUAAAUUACAUGUUUUUGAGAGAAUCCUGCAUUUGACACAUAGUUUUGUUCUGUUCGCUGAAAGCCAUUAGCUAAAAUGUCAAACUAUUUUUUCUUCGUCAUUUAGUUGUUUUUAAUCACUCUCAUGAAGUAUUUAAAGUUUAAAUUAAAAUUUAAAAAAUGAACAUUUCUUAAUAACAAUUGAUUUUUUUCCCCUUUUUUUUAGGUAGAAAGAAGACAGCUCACCUGGCUCUAAGCAUGGUCUCCCUGUUUCUGUCACACACAGCUGAGCUUCUUCCAGAGAUUGUGUUGACAUUGAGCGACAGUAACU